CUGCCUUUCAGUUGAUUUUCGAUAACGAGUGUGGCCCAAACAACUAGACAACCUGAACUUCCAGCAAAAUGAGCUGCGGUACGAAGGCAUUGAAGGUGUCCUCCUUCGUUUUGGACUUUCUGUGCUGCGUUCUGGCGGCACUAACCAUCGCGGCUUGCUCCUACGCCCUAAUUGCCUUUAGCCAUAGCGUGGCCAUUCAGGUGCCCUGCAUCCUGGGCAUCGUCCUGGGCGCCCUGCUCUUCUUCAGCACGAUCUUCGGCUGCAUCGCCGCCCUGAGGGAGAGCAUUCGCAUGACCUGGAUCUAUGCUGCAUUUCUGUUGGCCCUGAUUUUCGGACAGAUCACCGUGAUCUUCGCCCAACCCAUCAACUUUCAGCUGCUGGCCAACGAGACCAUAAGCGCCGCCUGGCAGGGACAACUAUACCAUUCGGGUAGCAUGUCCUACUAUGAGAUCAAGUACCACUGCUGUGGCCAAACGGGGCCCGCAAACUAUCCGGACAGUGGCCUGCUGAUUCCGCAAAGUUGCUACUUCAACCAGAACGCCACGGUGAGUACGGAUCUCUAUACGGUUGGAUGUGACCAUCAGUUGGCAGCGGCCUUCGUCAAGGGAACUCGCUGGGAGAAAAUCACGGAUUGGUCCGUUGUGGGUGUAGAGUUACUCACCGUCAUUAUCGCCGGACUCCUGGCUAUAACCUUACAAAAUGCGGAGCGGCGCCGUCUGUACCGAUAAGAGCUGGUCUUAAGUUUCUGCCAACAGUAUUAAGAACUGUACGAAUGUGAAAGUGUUCCUAAAUAUAUUAAGAAGUAAUUUCAAAA